CACACAGCUGGAUGGAAAGCGUUGACUCUUCAGCUGCAGACAGAAGGAUGUGAAUUAUCCACAUGUCUCCCAGUUUGUCACUGAAAACAACGCUGUAUGGUGUAAAUAACGACUGGAAACGAACACAGUUGAAUUUUAAUGAAUUUAUCUUGAUAUUUGCUAACAGUCCAGCCGGCUCCUGAGCUGCAGACAGAAGUCAUGAUGGAGUCUAUCUUAGACAGUUUGGCCGCAGAGAAACUCUAUCAGUCCGGAGGGAGCAACCUGUUGGACCUGGAGGAGCUCAGCGACGGAGACUUCCUCACUAACGUGCCAUUCUCCGGCGACCAGAUGGACGACUUCAGCAGUGAAUUAUUCAGCAGUUUCUUUGACGACCAUCUAUUAGAGCGGCCCAUCGUGUCAGACAGACCUUCACCUAUAAGCAUGGAUAUGGAUGACAGCAGCCCAGAUAUUCAAGCGGAGCACAGCUACUCUUUAAGUGAAGACUCCGCCCCCCAGAGCCCAGCCCUGUCAAUCAAAAUGGACCACGAGUCUGAAUUUGAAUGGAGCUUCAGUCAGGACCUUUCGGCCAUCUUGGUGAAACAGGAGGAGCCGGAUGUGGGUCAAAGGUUAGAUCCUCAGCCUCACGAAGGCCCGCCCCUCAUAUUAAGCCCCGCCCCACCACACAGAGGGUCUCCAUGGAAACACACGGAGCCCAGUCCAGACAGCGUGAAGCCCGUCGCCAUAAAAGAUGAACCCAAAGAGAUUGGACAGUACCUCAGCCUGCCCAGCGAUGACGCUCUACAGCUCCCGCCCACCCCUCCCAGCAGUAACCACGGCGACAGUGACGGCUCCCUGCCCCCGUCCUCCCCCCCACUCACCCUGCCCCCCUCCUCCCCUCAGCCGACGCAGAGGCCAGGAGGUCGCGCCUGUUCAUCCUCCUCUUCCUCAUCCUCCUCUUCCUCCACAGCCAUCUCCUCCUCACCUCUGCUCACCGCACCACAUAAGCUGCAGGGCUCAGGGCCGCUCCUGCUGACAGAAGAAGAGAAGAGGACCCUGGUGGCAGAGGGUUACCCCGUACCCAACAAACUCCCUCUCACUAAGAGUGAAGAGAAGGCACUGAAGAGGGUCCGACGGAAGAUCAAAAACAAGAUCUCAGCUCAGGAGAGUCGGAGGAAGAAGAAAGAAUAUGUGGAAUGCCUGGAGAAAAAGGUGGACAGCUACACGUCAGAAAACAGCGACCUGUGGAGAAAAGUAGAAAACCUGGAGACCGCCAACAGGUCUCUCCUACAGCAGCUGCAGAAGCUUCAGUCUCUCGUUACAGGGAAAGUCCUGCCUCGCUCUUGUAAAAUUGCCACUACUCAAACGGGGACAUGCCUCAUGAUGGUGGCCGUGUGUUUUGUCCUGGUGUUGGGCUCCUUCUCUCCCUGCUUCUCUCCUCUCUCCUUCCUCACUCACACCUCUUCCUCUUUGUCCUCAUCCUCCUCUUCCUCUCAUCCCUCCUCCUCUCCGCCUCUCCCGUCAGCAGACCUCUACACCACCAGUCAGGUCCGCUCCCGCAGCCUGCUCUUCUACGACGAAGGGUCUCCACUGGAGGAGACUUUAUCUCCAUCAGAAGCAGAGAGGCUACAGUCAGAGAGCCACGUGCAGACCAGCAGAUACACAGCGGAGGCCAACCAGACCACCGGGCCCAAAACAAACAGCAGAGAAACAAAACCAGAGUUUAUCUGACCCCUCCUCCCACGACAUCUAACCUCUGACCCCCAAAGCCACAAACCUCCAGACUCCUGAAACCCCUGAACUCAGCAGGCUUCACAUCAACAUCCAGACUUCCUCCGUCCUCCACAGCCGGCACACUGCCGUCACCACAAGGUGCUUCACUUCUCAAACAGACUCUGCUACACCUGAAUAUACUUGAUUUCAAAGGGAUUGGAAUUUCUAUUUUUAUGCAUUAAAUAUACAACCAUUUUAAAAAUCCAACUAAUCUUGUCAUAUUUAGUUUAAACAACAACCAGGGGCUUAAUUAUAGAAUCUAUAUACAAUCAUUUACAGAUACAAUGUGCAGCAUUUUAACAUAAAAAACUAUUGUAGUGUAGCGUUGCCAACAUCCUUUAGGAAUGAAAAAGGAAAUGUGGUCUUAGUAUCAAGAGAAACAGAUGUUUGCACCUUUAAGAACUCAUGAACAUAAAUGCAUACGGAUACUUGACAGACCUCCAAUUUGGGAGUGUAUAUUUUACUUUUCAAAGGCACUAAAUCGGGUCAGUGCUUUAAUUUUUAACCAGUCAUAUAUGUUGCUAAAGGGUUACAGCCAACACCUAAUGUGAUUAUCGAUUCAAGUUAGGAUAGAUCCUCAUAUUAGAGAAUAAUGGAUCUCAAAAAUUGAUUACAUUUCUGUUUCAGCUCUACGUUAAUAACAGUAUACGUAAACUAAACUUUAAAACUAGAUAAUAAGGAAAAGGAAGCCGUUCCAUUUUAAAAGUGCCUUCCACUUACUUAAGUCUAAUAUGACGAACUUGGCCUUAUUACACCUAAAGCACGCAGCUGUAAACCUGUAAACAAACACUCUGUAUUUUUCCACUUUUUAAAUCCAUCUCUGAGGUUAAAGUCCACAUUCUGCAUAUUUUUUUGUAUGUUAGUAUCAAAGGACUGUUAAAGGGGGUCCUACGAGAGGUUGGGGAACAAUUACAUAAAAGUAUUUUUAUGGAAUUAAAUUGUAUAUGUAAUAUAUUUGCAGCAUCGAAAAAAAUGCAUAUUUAAUUUAUGCAGCAAAAAAACAAAUACUGAAAGUGUUUUUAAGUUUGUUAUUCUAUUGUUUUUUCUAGAAAAUGUUUACAAAAAAAACACUCAAAUACAAGUUAUAAUAUAUUCCGAGCAUCAAAAAAGAGCAUUGUUAUUUUAUGCAAGAAAAAAAAAGGGAAUUUUAUGUUGUGUUUUUGCAUUUAGGAUGAUGAAGUUUCACAUGACGGUGUGUCGUGUAAACUUUGACAUUAUCUGCUUUUGUCUUUCAACUGUAAUACAGUGUUUAUGUUUCCUGCUGUCGCAUGAAAGGUCCAUUUGGUUCCUGUGUGAUAUAGAAAUGCCACUAGCUUGUAAAAUGUACUUUUAAAAUCUAUUUUUUUAGCCAUAAGGUGAAGUUUCUUAACCUAAAAAGCAGAAGAAAUUCAUCCCAAAUCAAAAGCACGAUCUUAAAUAAUUAGAACAUCGGCAAUUAUCAUAUUUUAUGUCAUAAAUU